AUGUCGGACUUAGAGGAUGAUUUGUUGGCUCUUGCAGGAGGAGACUCUGGGUCUGAGGCCGAGAUGCUGGAUGUGCCGUUGAAGCGCACCAGACCCGACGAAUCUGGUCGGAAAAGAGCAAAAACUGCCAGCGACGAAGAUGAAGAAGACGCCGGGGACGAUGACGACGAAGAGGAGGAAGCAGACGAGGAUUUUGCAGAAUCAAACGACGUAGACAUGGAUGUUGAUGAUGAAGAUGACGAUGAGCAGGAGGAAGAGCUCAAGAACCCAUAUCCUUUGGAAGGUAAGUACAAGGACGAGGAAGACCGUCAAUUGUUGCUUGACAUGGACGAAAUCGAAAGAGAACAGACUCUUUUCGAGCGUUCGCAGGAGAUGGAUAGGUACAACGAAAAGGCAUAUUUGCAGCAAAGAUUGAAGCAGCAGAAACUACAAAAUGUCGAGAAGAAAACUAGAUCCAGCAGCAGAAAAACAGUGGCCACGGGCGCCAAGUCAUCCAAGCUGGAUAAGUUGAGCGAGUUGAGAAAGCAGAGAGAGCAGAAGAGCCGUCGAAGCGCUGCUGCUGACGAUUAUGAGGAUGAAGAGGAAGAAGAAGAAGAUGAGGACGAGGAAGAGGAACAGGACGACUUUGAUGAAGGUUAUGGUGACGACAACGAGGUCGUUUGGGGUAGCGGUAAGUCCCGGUUCAAGUCGCGGAGCCUAGAGAGAGCCACAUGUAGUGACAUCAACAAGGUUCGUGUUGGAAGAAGCUUUUUGAGUAAGUACCUUUACUACCGCAAAUUUGAGGAUGUGAUUGUCAAGACUUUCGGUAAGAUCAAUGUGGGCGUUGACAGAAGAACCAGACGGCCCAUGUAUCGAGUUGUGCAGAUCGAAGAAGCCAUCAAUAGACCCCAGAAGCAGUACAAACUUGGCGACACGAAAACUGAUCUCUACUUGCUUGUCAGCCAGAACAAGAAUCAGACAAAAGAGUUUCCAAUAUCUGUAUUCAGUGACGGAGAUAUUUUGCCGGAUGAAUUCGAUAGAUAUGUGCAAGAAUUGGCAAAAACAAACGAAGACCUUCCUUACGCGGAUGAUGUCAACGACAAGGCACAGCAGCUCCACGAAUUGAUGAACAGCGGUCUCUCCAAUCAGGAUAUUGACGAGAUGGUUUCGAAAAAGAAACAAAUGCUGAGCGGAAUCCGCUCAUACGACGCCGUGUACCAGAAGUCCAGAGUCAAGGACGAAUUGAAAGUUGCCAAACAAGAGGGAGAUGUGGCUCGGAUCAAGGAAUUGACCAACAGAUUGCACAAAUUGGAAGGCAUUCUUCACAAGGACAAUGAGCGGUCAUCACAUAGUUCGUUGAACGAUAUGUCGAAGGUGAACGAAAGAAAUAGAAAGCUUAACCAAACUAACAUCAGGAAGGCUGAGUUGAAGUCUUCACAUUUGAAGAAGUCAACAGAAGCUGAUGAUGGAGAUCCAUUUUCGAGAUUGAAGACCACCACCAGAAUCUACUACGAGGAGUUGAUUAACGAGGAAAACAAGAAGGCAUUGCAGGAUGCUCAGGCUAACUACGAUAAUAUGAUUGCCGAAAAGAACGAGCAGGAAGCCAAGAUCGCCUCAUCGACCUACAGAGUGUUGGGUAACUUCGAUAAGCUUAUUGCGCUGGUGGAUGUGGACUACGUGCCGGUAUUGUAA